AUGGGGUUUCUCGGACGAGUCUUUGGACGAAGGCAAUUGCCUGUUCCAGUAGACAAACGAAUAUCAACACCAGCCGGGAGACGCCUAUCCAGCAUCAUGGAAGGGACGGAAAAGCAGUCGAAUCGCCGAUCAGCCAAAACCGCUUUUGUCGAGGUUAAUGAGACGCCAAAGCCCCCAGCAAAUGCCAUUUAUUGGAGCGCAGCAUGGUCGGAGGGUCCUCCAGUAAGACGAGAGUCAAAGUUAGAAGUACUAAAAGACCACGCCCGGAAGCGUUGGAGCCGGAAGAGGAUAAUUAUAAUUGCUACUAUCCUUGUCGUAGCAAUUAUUGCGCUUGCUGUUGGCCUAGCGGUUGGUCUGAAUAACAGCAAUUCGAGCACGAGUGAUUCUACUACCGAUAAUGAUGAAUCUUCAACAACCGACAACAGUAGCCCUACGGCAUCUGGAGACACGGCCGUGGCCAGUACUACUGAUGCCGAUUUCCCUGUUGGCACAUAUUCCUUCACAACUUUCCUCGACACCGUCACCACUGAUUGUACAUCGAACGUGGAUGCGUGGUCCUGUUGGCCGUAUACAAUUUACAAUAAAGAUAAGGACGAGGCUAUGACUACAUUCAACUGGGUCGUCUCUGGCGAUACGGGUGGUUACCAGAUUUCAUCUUCGAAGGACGAUCCGCUGUCGUUGUCGUUCUCCAACGUGGACAUGAAUCUAUACAGCGAAGGAGAAGACAGCGAACGGUACACAUUCCAAUUUACCAUGGACAAAACGGUUGUCCCCUCCUCGGCUCUCACGGACGACGGCUCUAGCUCAGUCUGCUACUUCAACAGUACGACGUUCACAGCGUAUCUUUACACGAAAAUGGCCAAAGGAUACCCGACUUCAAAGCAACCCGCAAACACCACAAACGAGGCAUGGCCGUAUGCAUUCCGUGCAGAACAGUCGAUCGCUGGUGGUGACAAUGUGCCAAUUUGCUACAAAACGACAGAUGGUGAGAUUGGUGAGCAGAUUACCGACACACUAGAAGCUGAGGGGGCGAGCACACUAUGCAGCUGCUUGUACAGGAAUUAUCUGACCACUUCUGAGUCGUGA